AUGCAAAGACACAUUCCAGGUGGAUGGUUUUUUGUACUAUUUGAACUGAAUAGUCACAGUAGUUGCACUAAUAGAAUUGAAAUGCCAGUGAUUAAGAACUUAGGAGGAAAACCAAUUGAAACCCCUUCUUCAACACACUUUUGUAAUCAAACUCAUAUGAUUCGUUCAUGUCCAAAAUUAAUGCACUAUGCUAAAAAUGUAACUGGCAUUAAUGCCUAUUGGAACAAAGCAAGAGAUAACUUGAAAGCAAUCAUUCAGGAGAAGGAAGCACCAACAAUACUUUGGACGUUGUCAUGCGCUGAUUUCCAUUGGCCUGAGUUUCAUCAACUCUUUGCCACAAAUCAACUGACUGACUGUCAACGAAGACAAAAUGUAAUUAGUAACCUUCACACACUUGAAUGGUUAUUCAAGUGACCCAAAUUUGUGUGAACUUUCUCAAAAAGCCCUUAGUGGUCACCUAGCAGCAAAAUCACCGAGAGAAGAUAAGACUAAGAAGUUCACAAACAAUGAUGUUACCAAAAGACAGCAAAUUGUGAGAGAAGGCCAAGAACAGAGAGUGUUAUAUGUAAAUACGUAG